GCCCAACACCACACCACAUCAGCAAAUAUGAAGUGAACGUGCUAUAAACUUCCUUGCCGCUUACACUGGCACCUGGCAUUCCACUAUUCGAAUAGUCAUGCCCCCUAAACGGAAGGUAGACGGUACAAAUGCCGAUCAGUCCUCUUCCACAUCAGCGGCGAAGUCAACGUCCAAGGUAGCACGUAAGCCCUCUUUUGUGUCCAACCAGUCUUCCCUCAAAGAGACUGCGGCACAGUCAUCAUCUGAACUUCCAAAGACCGACAAACCCUCCCGAAAACCUCACCAUCAUACCGAUAGCUUUAAUGCCGCCCUGGAACCCUUCUACUACGACAAGUCCCUCACUGAUCCUAUCGACACCGCUCGUGACAAAUGGAACCUCCUCCCCGCUUUCCUCAAAGUCAAAGGCCUCGUCAAGCAGCAUAUCGAAUCUUUCAACCAUUUUGUAGAGGUCGAGUUGCAAAAGAUUAUUGACGCCGAGCCCGUCAUCACAAGCGAGAUCGAUCCUGACUUCUACAUCAAAUACGAAAAAAUCUACGUGGGCAAACCGUGCCGGGUCGAAGAACAGCACAACUAUGGACUCACAGCCAAGGAUGAGUCGACCGUCACCCCAAACGAGUGUCGACUGCGGGACUUGACCUAUGCAGCACCAAUCCUGGUCGAUGUGCGCUACACAAAGUCUAAAAUGGCAUAUCGACGGAAAGGUCUAGUCAUUGCGCGCGUACCGAUCAUGCUUCGAAGUUCAAAAUGCUUCUUGGCCAACAAAACAGAGACAGAGAUGUGUGCCAUGGACGAAUGUCCAUUAGAUCCGGGCGGAUAUUUCAUCGUCAAUGGCACUGAAAAAGUCAUUCUGGUUCAGGAGCAGUUGAGUAAAAACCGCAUUAUUGUCGAAUCCGAUCCCAAGAAAGAGUCCAUCGUCGCAUCCGUAACAAGUUCCACACAUGCUCGCAAAUCGAAAUCAUACAUCGCUCUCAAAAAGGAUCUUCUGUAUAUGCGCCACAACAUCCUCAACGAGGACGUCCCAAUCUGCAUCUUGCUGAGAGCCAUGGGCGUCACAUCGGACAUCGACAUGAUGGCCAUUGUCGCUGGUACCGAUAGUACUUUGCAGGAGGAUUUCGCUAUUAAUUUCGAGGAGACCAUCAAGCACCAGAUACACACUCAGCAACAGGCCCUCGACUAUCUAGGCCAGCGAAUAAAGAUCACAAGAAAGCCGACACCAUUUGGUCAAGCACGCAGGAACUAUGUUCAAGAAGCCAUUGAGGCGGUUUGCAACGUCUUUGUCGCUCACGUUCCUAUCGAGAAUCUCAACUUUCGACCCAAAGCUCUUUAUGUUGGCCACAUGGCCCGGCGCGUUCUUAUGGCGAAGCAAAACCCUGCGUUGGUGGAUGAUAGGGAUUACGUCGGAAACAAGCGCCUUGAACUUGCAGGUCAAUUGCUGUCAUUGCUGUUCGAAGACCUUUUCAAGAGUUACAAUUAUGCCGUCAAGCUGGCCAUCGAUCAAAAGCUCAGGAAACCAGUGAAAACAGGUGUCAUUGACCCCUGCGUCGAAUUGCAGAGCAAAGGUCCUUACAUCACGCAAGGUAUGAUCCGUGCCAUCGCCACGGGGAAUUGGAACUUGAAGCGUUUCAGAAUGGAUCGUGCCGGUGUCACUCAUCUACUCAGCCGACUAAGCUUCAUCGCUUCGUUAGGAAUGAUGACCCGGAUUUCAAGUCAGUUUGAGAAAACACGCAAGGUCAGUGGACCUCGUGCUCUUCAGCCAUCUUCCUUUGGCAUGCUUUGUCCGGCCGACACGCCCGAAGGCGAGGCCUGCGGCUUGGUAAAAAACCUUGCCCUCAUGACUCAUAUCACCACCGACGAUGACGAGACACCGGUCAAACGCCUGAUCUUCAUGCUCGGUGCCGAAGACAUUGUUUCCGUGGGCGGUUCUGAACUGUAUGCCCCCGGCACAUAUCUUGUACUCCUAAACGGCACACCAAUCGCCUGCACUCGCCAUCCUUCCCACUUUCUGACCUCGUUUCGACGGCUCCGCAGAUCAGGUCGUAUCUCAGAGUUCGUAUCAAUUUUCAUCAAUCAUCAUCACGGAACAAUACAUGUUGCCACUGACGAAGGUCGAAUCUGUCGACCACUCAUCAUUGUGGAAGACAAGAAAUCAAAGGUGACAAAAAGAUACCUCAAAUCCCUUCGACAGGGAUCUAUGGACUUUGACGACUUCUUAGCCAGAGGCCUAGUGGAAUACCUGGAUGUGAAUGAGGAGAACGACAGUAAUAUCGCCAUGUACGAAUCAAACAUCAACUCGUCCACCACCCACUUGGAAAUCGAGCCCUUCACAAUUUUGGGUGCUGUUGCUGGGCUGAUACCAUAUCCACAUCAUAAUCAAUCACCACGUAACACAUAUCAAUGCGCCAUGGGCAAGCAAGCGAUAGGCUUUAUUGCCAACAACCAAUUUCUGAGAAUUGACACUCUGCUAUAUCUGAUGGUCUAUCCUCAAAAGCCGCUGGUCAAGACAAGAACGAUCGAACUGGUCAAUUACGACAAGCUACCAGCAGGACAGAAUGCGACGGUUGCUGUCAUGUCUUAUAGCGGCUACGAUAUUGAAGAUGCUCUGGUGUUGAACAAAGCAUCCGUUGAUCGAGGCUUUGGUAGAUGCCAGGUGUUACGAAAGUACCCCGUGACCCUCAAACUCUAUGGCAAUGACCUCAAAGACCAACUGUACGGACCGACUCUAGAGGAAAAUGGGAAGCCUGCCAAGGGUCAAGCAUUGUUGGACGAAGACGGCAUUACAGCAGUUGGCGCAAGAAUUAGCCAGGGGCAAGUCUACGUCAACAAAUUCGUGCCCGAAGCUGCCAAUUCUUCGGGGCUUUCUGACAACGGUAAGAAAUCCGCCACCAUCGCGCAGCCGCAGAAGUACCGUCUUCCAGAUCCGAGUUAUAUCGAUAAGGUCAUGGUUUCUGAAGUGGAGUCGGGCAAUCAAUUGAUCAAGGUUCAAACCCGGCAGACACGGGUACCAGAGGUCGGUGACAAAUUUUCGUCCAGGCACGGCCAGAAAGGUGUUGUUGGAAUCAUUGCCGAACAGGUGGACAUGCCUUUCUCAGACCGAGGGAUCACACCUGACAUUAUCAUGAAUCCUCAUGGUUUCCCUUCUCGGAUGACGGUUGGCAAGAUGCUAGAACUUGUGUCCGGGAAAGCAGGAAUCCUGAAGGGGCAGUUUGAGUAUGGAACGGCGUUCGGCGGAAGCAAACUCGAGCACAUGUCGCAGGUGUUGAUCGAAGCAGGGUACAGUUACGAUGGCAAAGACUACCUGACUUCCGGCAUUACAGGCGAGCCGCUCCCGGCCUACGUCUUUACUGGUCCCAUCUACUACCAGAAACUCAAGCACAUGGUUCAAGACAAAAUGCAUAGCCGAUCCCGUGGCCCGAGGGCAAUCUUGACUCGACAGCCAACAGAAGGUCGGUCUCGAGAUGGUGGCCUUCGUCUGGGAGAGAUGGAACGAGAUUGCCUCAUCGCCUACGGUGCCUCGCAAUUACUCCGCGAACGACUCAUGCUAUCCAGCGACAAACAUGAAGUUGAUGUGUGCGAGUCUUGUGGCUUUAUGGCCUUUGGACGAGUCUGUCAGCGUUGUACCAAUGCGGGUGAUUUGGAGGCCAACGUUGUUCGAAUGACGUUACCAUAUGCAUUCAAACUCCUACUCCACGAGCUAGGAAGUAUGAACGUCAAUACCCGCCUUAUCGUUACGGACGAGUUUCCAGCCGAUGGAUCAAGGAGGGCGUGACGAAAGAUGCGAUGACAGCUUUGUUUGACUUUGUCGUAGGACAAGGUCCGCACCUAUUUCGAAUCACAAUAUGCGCGCAGCAGCCGCAAGAUAGACAACACGAGACGUAAAGAAAGACUUGUAAGCAUAGCAUAGAGAUGUAAUGAAUUACACGUCGCAACGAAUGCGAUCAGUGAUGAUUAGUGAACUAGCAAUUUUCAGGGAUACUUGAAUAAGAAAGAAUCAAUAGCCCCC